CCUCCCUCCUCUCACUGGGAGAAUGCCCGUGUUGUACUGACAGAAACGCUACGGGCUCAUCAGACAUGGAGGCCCGAUUAACGGGCAGAGGCCCAUUCUCACGCCUUUAAAAACACGACCUUUCGCCGGUCCCUGGACAAGGAAACCCUGGCGACAUUUCGGAUCAUUGCGGCAGUUUAGCGAAGGAACCAUGUUGGCACUCAUGAAGGGAGGAUUUUGAUCUGAAUGAUGUGAAAGCUCGUUUUUGACCUUAAAUAAAGCAAGUUUGAAGGUGACGAGGGCUGGGCAGCCAGGAAAGGAAGACAUUGCUUCAACCCAACAACUAUUACUAUAUCCCUUCCCAUCUUCCACCUCCAGCUGGAUUCUGCAUCCCCCAGUCCUGUGCUGCUUGUGAGCACAUCCUGCUCAGCCCUUCCUUGUUUCUUAUAUCAUCAAUGGAUCAGAGGACACAAGGAGGGCCCACCACACCACCUCCUCUCCCCGCAAAUACCCUACCAGUUGAGUGUGAGAAGGAAGGAGGAGGUGGGAAGAAAGACGAUGAAGAUGAAAAAAGGAAGUGGGAGAAGGAAAGAGAUGCGGUGCCGGCUGUUCCCUGCAACUCAGAGAGUGGUGCCGGUGACCAACAGCAACAGCAGUCUCCACAGUUCUCUGUCAAAGAGACCAGCUACUCAGAGGGCAAUGUCAAACUUAAAAUAGGCCUCCAGGCCAAACGAAUGAAGAAGCCUCCUAAAAUCCUGGAGAACUAUGUAUGCCGGCCAGCCUUCAGAGCAACGGUUAGACAUGGAAGCCGAGGCGGUGGACGAGGCAGUCGUCGAGUGGGACCCGCCGAUGGUAGUGGCAACAAUCCUAGUGUGCCACAUAUUAAAGAAGCAGAAAAGGACCCCACUGUAAACCCGGGAGCGCCUCAGUCAUCAGGCGUUCCAUCCAGUACUGCACCUACACCUUCUCUUCCUCCUUCCACUUCCACUAGCCCUGAAACGCCUGUGAAUGGGAAUACCCCAGCUAAAAGAGGUCCUCCGAAGUUGGCUUGCAAGUCAGAAGGAAAGGCAGAUGUGAAAUCCCUUGCAUCUUCAGAAAAAACCCUUAACAGUCACUGCCCUGUAUCAGACAGCAAAUCACACUCCUCUGGAAAAAAGAGCCUUGUACCCCAAACCAACCCACCUGCUCCUUCACUAUUAACUCCUUCCCCCAGUGCAUCUCCACAUGACCCCAAAAUUGAUGGAGUCACAAAACCGCCUCAGUAUCCUUACACAGAUAGCCAGAGGGAGCAAGAAAGAGGAGCUCCAAACUGGGGUACUCCUACAGUCACUGAGAAACUCGCACAGCUUAUAGCCACCUGCCCACCUACUAAGUGUCCUAAGCCCAAAGCCCGGAAAGUAACCCCAGCUCCAGCACACAGCAGCUCACCUCCCCUGAUCUCCAAUUUGCAGCGGCCUGAGCGGGCCAUGGCCAACAGGAACACGUAUUCCAGAGUAGCUCAUCUUGCCCCUCCUCCACCUGUGUCACGGCCCCCAGGUCGUCCAUAUGGCUCACGAAACAAAGACAGUAUCCUGGAGAAGUUAUCUGGCAUACCUAGAAAAGAGGAAGCUGGAGGACUUUCAAAAGAGAUUACAAGUAGCAACAGUAAUGGCAGCAACAACAUUCCUGCAGUGUCUUAUAGCAACAGUCGCUUAACAACGAAUAAUGAUAGCAACGACGAUGAUAAUAGCAAUGGAAUAAAAUCACAGUCUCGUCUUGGGCAACAUUCAUCCACACCUUCUCUUUUCUCCUCUUCCUUAGAGAGAAUAGGGAGUGGGAUCAGCCACCAGGUGAUGCCUUCCUCACUUGGAUCAAGGAUCAGUGCAAGCCCCUCACAAACAGAGGAACCCACUGAUAGAGAGAAAGAGAGGGACAAGGACAUUUUUAAUCUCAGAGAAAUAAGUAAAGGAUCUUCCCCUGCAUUGUCAGGGAAGCAGGACACUAAAGAGAAGGGGCCCUUCUCUGUACCUCGAGCAGAGAGGGGAAAAAGCUUAAGUCCACCUAAACGAAGUCCUGCACAAGAAAGUCAUGCUAGUGGAGAACAUAGCCCUGCUGAGACCACCAAACGCACUGCUUCUCCUUCUAUCCCUACCGGUUCUAGUAGCAGCCUCUCACCACUUUGUGAUGACCAUGACCAUGACCAUGACCCUGCAUCCCCUGGAUCACCAGCAGAACAGGAGUCUAAGCCUCUGAAAAAGCGGAGGGGUCGAAGACCUCGCUGGACUAAGGCAGUCAGUCGCACACAAAGAGCGAUAGAAGAUGCUUCUCCUAGUCAAAACAAAUCCACCACUCUGCCUACAGACCUUUCAUCCUCCCCACCCAUUCGUCGGCCUGUGGGAAGACCACCCAAUGCUAAUCGCGUUCUCCCUAUUGUCUCUGAGCUCUAUUCCCCACCACCCAAGAAAAGAGGCCGGCCUAAGUCCAAAAUGCCAACACUGGAUGCACCUACACGUGGUCGUUUGCCUCUCAAAGUGACACCCACAAAAGUAUACUCCAUGUCCAAAGAGGAGCAGGAUCCCCCUGUCUUGCACCCAGAGGUGGAUCUGAAUCCUCCUAAACCCAUGCCACGAAAGAGAGGAAGACCGAAACGCUUACCUCCAACCCUGCCACAGGAGACCCAGCCUCCAACACUUGCUCCAGAGUCAGGGGAUACUGUGGCUGGUGACAAGGGCUUUCACAACAAAGGCAAUGGGCAGCUCAUAAUGAAGACAAUUAUAGGCAAGAUCAACAAGAUGAAGACUGUAAAGCGGAAGAGGUUUCUCAGCCAGAUCCUGUUGGGGUCAGGAUCGGGAACUGAGCCGGAGGUCACUAAAAGUACAGGCAUGUCGGGGACAGUGGCUUCUGCUUCACAGUCUCUCUCAACCCUUGCUGCAACAUUUGGUGGUAAACUUGGACCUCAAAUCAAUGUAAGCAAAAAAGGGACAAUAUACAUGGGUAAAAGAAGGGGCCGCAAGCCAAAAGCACCAGCCAACAAUUCACCGGGUGCCCCUACUCCACCACCCGAACCUUUUUUGACCCCAAACACUUCCUCCCCACACCACUCACAUCAGUCUUUGGCUUCACAAAACCAGCAAAACCAGAUUCCCCCCUCUGACAUUUUUCCCUCCCCUUCACUUUCCCAGUCUAGUGGGGGGCAAAGCCCCAUCAGCGACGCUAGUUUUGUGGACCCAGGGUCAGUCCACUUGAUGUCCCACUCACACUGUAGCCACCACUCAUUUUCCUUUACCCCACCAACUCUUUCAGCACCCUCCCCACGUUCCUUAGGAGGUUCCACAUCUUCGCACUCCUCUCAGAAGAAGCCUUCUUGCAGAGGUCACCACCAUCACCACCACCACUACCGACAUUACCAUUGCCGCAAGCUCUCACCUCCCAGGCCCCUAUUGCCUACAUCCCCUGCUCCUCUUAGUGAGCUGAAGGAGGCCACACCUUCCCCAGUCAGUGAGUCACACAGUGAGGAGACUGUGCCCAGUGACAGUGGCAUUGGAACAGACAACAACAGUACAUCAGAUCGUGGGGAGAAGGCUGGGAGUGCUAGUGGGCUAGCUGGGUUAGGUGUCUCACAGAGUAUGACCAAUGGGCUACUAAUGCCUGGAAUGAUGGGGUCAUCAGUGGGUCUCGGGGUAGGGCAUAACCCCAGAGGCAGUAGGAGACAUUCGUCUACUGUACUACUUGAUUGUCCUUCACCCACACCAUCCCCAUUGGGAGAGAGGUCAUCAGCUGAUCCACGGCGACCACACCCAUUGGCUCCUGCUUCAGCACUAGUGGGCCACAAAGAGAAGCAUAAACAUAAGUGCAAACGGCGUGGGCAUGGAUGCCCAGGCUAUGAUAAGUUGAAAAGGCAGAAACGCAAACGCAAGAAGAAGUACUUGCAGCUGCGUUCACGGAGACAGGAUCCUGACUUCCUGGCCGAGCUUGAUGAGAUAUGCGUACGGCUUUGUGGAAUACGAAUUUCACACCGCACACCUGCUCUUCGUCUGGGCAGCAGUCUGGGUCUCGGUGCAGGAACAGCUGGCACAAGUCAUGGAGCUGGUUUGGGUAGUACCAGAGCAGGCAGUAGCAUUGGCGGUGGCAACAACCCCACAUCUCAUCAUUACCUCCAUAGAGACCUUUUACCCACGAUCUUCAGGAUCAACUUUAGUGGGUACUACUCACCCCACCCAGCCUACCCAUGCGAUUCCCUGCACUAUGUCCGUAAGCCUGAUCUUAAGAAAAAGCGUGGAAGGCCCCCCAAGCUUCGAGAGUCAAUGUCAGAGGUGCCUUUUGUUCCUGGGCUAGGGUUCCCCCUUACCAGUGGAGGGUUCUAUCACCCUUCUUAUGGAGUUCCGUACUCCUCAGCCCCGCUUGGACUUGGUUAUUAUCGGGGCUAUCCCCCAGCAAGUGCACUGUAUCCCCACCCUCACCACCAGGUUCCACAUUCUGCCCCAUCUCACCAUGGCCACCAUAGCCCUUCCUUCCCUCCGCCUCCUCCUCCUUCAUAUGUUCAUCAUCAUCAUCACCCUCCCCACCUGCUUCUCAACCCUUCUAAGUUCCACAAGAAAAAACAUAAGCUUCUACGACAAGAGUAUCUCAGUGGGGGACGUUCAGCAGUGCUGUAUCCUCCUAUGUCUUCUGAACUGUCAUUUAGCUGGCACCACAAACACAAGCACAGACAUAAACAUCGUGACCGCUGUGGUGAGGAAGAGGGCGAUGAUGGUGGAGGAGUUGGUAGUGGUGGAGGAGGGAGAAAUGGAGGCGAAGGCAUGGGAGCAGGAAGAGGGGACCGAGGGAGAAGAGGGGGAAGCAUGGAAUCACUCAAGCAGUGCGGGUAUGGACCGGAUGGCUCAGCUGACUCCAGUGCUAACAAGCAGGCAACUGCCACCUCUGGAAACUCCCCCUCUUCCUCCUCGUCAUCUUCAGCAGAAAGGUACAAGCAGAAAGAAGCCUCUAUGUCCUGUCUGGUGCCUUCAAGACUAUCCUUGGGCCAAGGGAGUCGGGGGCACCAUCCUUCGGACUCAUGGUUCAGGAUUGGCAGCUACGACGUUGAUUACUCCAAACUCUCCCACAAUCAGACCCUUGGGCAGGGGGCAUUCUCUGAUGGACAUGUGCAUAACUCAAUGGGUUGCUCAGACAGUGAGGAUGAAGAUCACACUUCACCAAAUGAGGAACAGGACUCGGGCUCCCACCACACAAACCUUUUUGCUUCAGCCCUCACUCGGACUUCUCUUAAGUGUAAUCAGGGCAGGAAAGGUGGGAGCUCAGAGGGCUCAAGUCUGACGCGUUUGGACAGAUCACUAAGGAAAGAUCUCUCCACAUCUGCUGAGAGGAGAGAGUCAGGAAACUGUGGUAUACAGACACGAUACAGUCAAUUCAGCGCACCCGAUUUUUCGGAGGCUCCUCCCCACAGACAUCAUCACCAUACUCCUCUGUCUGUCUCCCACUCGUCCUCCUGCGUCUCUACCUGUGGCCUGGAGCAGCCAGGAGGAAGUCCGUCUGCGCGCUCUUCACAGCCUGCAUGCUGCUUGGACUCCUCCCCUUCCCGUCCUUCCCAACGUUCAGCCCCACCUCCUCCCAAGAACAACUUGCAUCAUGUCAACAAGAUCCUCCGGGCCAAGAAGCUGCAGAGGCAGGCGCGCACAGGAAAUAACAUGGUUAAGAAAAGGGGACCGGGGCGGCCCCGCAAGAAUCCGCUACCCUCUCCAUCAGCAUUGCCUCCAACGUCACCUCCACCUCCGGAGCCCGAACCCGAGAAGCAUACUAAAGAAUGGGAGGAAGACACAGUUACAGAUGCAAUCGAGUCUGUUAUACAGAGGCAAAAACGAAAGGGCCGGAAGAGGAAGCGCUGGGAUAGGGACAGGGAUGAAAACGGAGAGGAUGAGGAUGAGACAGUGCAUGAGAGGGAGGAAGAAGAGGAAGAGGAAGCAAGGCCAGAGGCCAGAGAGGAGGAGGCGGUGACACGGGCACAACCAGCAGGAGGGAAAGGAUGGCUGGCACAUGAGGAGAUGCAAAGCUUUCAAAGUGCUGUGGAAGGAAAAUCUGAUGGCCACUCCUCCCCUGAACGCACAGGUCCAGCCCCCAUGGUACAAGCUCCACCCACAUCAGUGACUACCCAACGGGAGAAAAAAGCUGCUAGGCCACCCAAGAAGAAAUUUCAGAAGGCUGGCCUUUAUUCCGAUGUGUACAAGACAGAUGAUCCUCGUGGUCAGCUGCUACAGCUAAAGAAGGAGAAGUUGGAGUAUAUUCCAGGUGAACAUGAGUAUGGCCUGCUUCCUGCUCCUAUUCAUGUUGGGAAGUAUUUGAGACAGAAGCGCAUAGAUUUCCAGUUGCCUUAUGACAUCCUGUGGCUUUGGAAACAUGACCAGCUGUAUAAGAGACCGGAUGUCCCUCUCUACAAGAAAAUAAGAUCCAAUGUAUAUGUUGACGUAAAGCCGCUCUCAGGCUAUGAAGCCACGACCUGUAACUGCAGGUGCCCUGAGAACCAAAGUGCUAAGGGCUGCUUGGAUGACUGCCUUAACAGGAUGAUUUUUGCCGAGUGUUCCCCCAGCACUUGCCCAUGUGGAGAGCAGUGUGAUAAUCAGCGAAUCCAGAGGCAUGAGUGGGUUCAGUGUCUGGAGCGUUUCAGGACAGAAGGAAAGGGCUGGGGCAUCCGCACUAAAGAGGCACUGCGUUCUGGCCAGUUCAUCAUCGAGUACCUCGGAGAGGUGGUCAGCGAGCAGGAGUUCAGGUUAGCCACACACUGGCUUCAGAGAUCAAGAGUACCAUUUGGGAGUCGAAUGAUGGAGCAGUACUUCGCUCACAGCGGUCAGUACUGUCUAAAUCUGGACAGUGGUAUGGUGAUUGACAGCUAUCGCAUGGGCAACGAGGCGCGCUUCAUCAACCACAGCUGUGAGCCCAACUGCGAGAUGCAGAAAUGGUCAGUGAAUGGGGUGUACAGGAUCGGACUGUUUGCUCUGAGAGACAUGGACAGCGGGACGGAGCUCACUUACGACUACAAUUUUCACUCCUUCAACACUGAAGAGCAGCAAGCGUGUAUGUGUGGCUCGGAAGGCUGCCGUGGCAUCAUCGGAGGAAAGAGUCAGCGAAUCAACGGCCUUCCUGGCAAAGCGGGAGGAUCAGGAGGCGGGGCACGAAGGCUCGGGAGGCUGAAAGAGAAGCGCAAAUCAAAGCACCAUCUUAAAAAACGGGAGGAGGAGUCCAGCGACAGCAGCAAGUUUUUCCAGCACCUUCUGAUGAAGCCGAUGUCUAACAGAGAGAGGAACUUUGUCCUGAAGCACCGAGUGUUCCUGGUGCGCAACUGGGAGAAGAUGAGGGACAAACGGGAGCUGCUGAAGAGAGAGGGAGAGAGGGAGCGAGAGAAGGACAGCAGCCUGUCGCAGUACGCCCGGUGGGGAGGUGUCAUCCGUGACGACGGCAACAUCAAAUCAGACGUGUUCCUGACGCAGUUCUCAGCAUUACAGACCUCUCGUUCGGUGCGCACACGCAGACUCGCCGCUGCUGAGGAAAACACCGAAGUCACUCGCACAGCUCGUCUCGCGCACAUCUUCAAAGAGAUCUGUGACAUGAUCACCAGCUACAAGGAUUCCUCAGGCCAAACUCUUGCAGCUCCCCUGCUUAACUUACCUUCAAAAAAGAGGAACAUGCAGUACUAUGAGAAGGUGUCAGAUCCUCUGGACCUCAGUACCAUAGAAAAGCAGAUCCUCACCGGACAUUACAAAACAGUGGAGGCCUUUGACACAGACAUGCUCAAGGUGUUCCGCAACGCCGAGAAAUACUACGGACGGAAGUCUUCGGUGGGCCGGGACGUGUGCCGGCUGCGUAAGGCGUACUACGGCGCGAGACACGAGGCCGCGGUGCAGAUCGACGAGAUCGUCGGCGAGACGGUCAGUGAAGCGGACAGCUCCGAUUCGAUGGACCGCGACCACGCUCACCACGUCAACAAAGAUGAUGACAUCAUCCGCUGCAUCUGCGGCAUGUACAAGGACGAGGGCCUGAUGAUCCAGUGCGAGAAAUGCAUGGUCUGGCAGCACUGUGACUGCAUGCGUUUGGAGGCUGAGGUGGAGCAUUAUCUUUGUGAGCAGUGUGACCCUCGCCCAGUAGACAGAGAGGUCCCUAUGGUGCCUCAGCCCAGUUACGCGCAGUCAGGUUCCAUCUACUAUAUCUGCCUUCUCCGGGACGAGCUGCUGCUACACCAGGGUGACUGUGUGUACCUGAUGAGGGAUAGCAGGCGCACUCCGGAGGGCCAGCCACUGCGCCAGUCCUAUCGCCUCUUGUCCCAUGUCAACAGAGACAAACUGGACAUCUUCCGCAUUGAGAAACUUUGGAAAAAUGAAAAGGGCGAGCGGUUUGCUUUUGGUCAUCACUAUUUCCGACCUCAUGAGACCCACCACUCGCCCUCGCGCCGCUUCUACCAUAACGAGCUGUUUCGAGUGCCGCUCUAUGAGAUCAUCCCUCUGGAGGCAGUGGUGGGAACGUGCUGCGUCCUGGACCUUUACACCUACUGCAAGGGUCGGCCGAAAGGCGUGAAGGAGCAGGACGUGUACAUCUGCGACUACCGGUUAGACAAAUCUGCUCAUCUUUUUUACAAAAUCCACCGCAACCGCUACCCAGUGUGCACCAAGUCCUACGCCUUCAACCACUUCCCCAAGAGACUCACACCCAAAAGGGACUUCUCACCUCACCACGUUCCCGACAACUACAAGAGGAACGGCGGACGUUCAGCCUGGAAGAGCGAACGCUCCAAAGGGGUCGGGGCUUGCGAUGAAGACCCCUCCCCCAGCGGGUCAUGUGACCAGCUGUCCUUCUCAAGAGACGCAGAAGGAAGAGGAGCGGGAGGACACACGGGCUGUAACCACGAGGAGUCCUCCACCGCGCUGUCCGUACUGGCACCACCGCAGGAGCAGCGGAGGCCUGGCGAGGACGAAGAAGAGGAGGAGGACGAAGAGUUGGGUGAGGAGGAGGGUGAGAGGAGGGAGGUGGAGGAAAGCUCCGUGGAGAAAGGAGGAGCAGAGGCGUCCUCGCUCUCCUCUUCACCGCUGCAUCUGUCCGUUUUGGGACGGAGGGAAGCACAGAGGGAACGACUCAACAAGAUCCUGCUGGACCUUCUGCAUCGGACCCCCAGCAAAAACGUUAUAGACGUCACUUAUCUUCUCGAGGAGGGCUCUGGCCGCCGCCUGCGCAGACGCACACUCGGGCUGAGCGACUUUGUGAGCAGGAAGUGAUGGCAUCGCUGCAGGUGACGAGCAGACAGCAAAAAAAGAACAAUAUGCAGGAACAGCAAAAGAGGGAUGAAGGUAUGAGAAAGGAGAGACGCUUAAAGGCUUAGAGGCUCUCCCUUUCAAAACAUCUGUCCUCCAUUUUGCUCUAUUUUUCCUAAAUGAACUAAAGAGAGACUCGUGUAUGUGCACAGGACAUGAGGUUUUUUUUGUUUGUUUGUUUUUUUUGCCAGCAAUGAGAGAAUUAUUGCCUUGAUGCAUUUAAAAAAAAAAAAAAAAAAGUAUGUUGCAAUGACACAUGAACAUAGGAAUAUGUACUAUUUAAGCCUGUCACGUAUGAACCGUCACGUUACGGUGUUUUCCGUUGCUAAGACAACAGAGGUCAAUGUUUUUUCAAGGUGGUACUACAUACAGAAAGAAUGAAGCCUCUGAGAAUGGACUGGGGGGAGUUUGGCCAUGCAGGUGGACAUAAGAGGAGACGGAGUCCAGCACCUCUUAGUGGAUAGAAACCCAUAUUUACUGAGAAGCGAGAAGAGGAGCAGCAUAGGAGGCGCAGUGUAGCGCACAUAUACACUGCCUGUCGAUGGAGAGGAGAGGAGAGGACAGGAGAGGACAGGAGAGGAGAGGAGAGGAGAGGAAAGAGGAGGCAAGAAAGCAAGUGGAGAAAGAGCUAACUGCACUUUUUUCUAACACGGACGUCAUUCGCUCCCAGAGGUGUACACUAACACUCGUCACAGUAUUGGAAAGAUGCUGUGCUGCAAAAAAAAAAAAAAAAAAAACACACAAAAAAACAAAAAACGCAAAACAGAUAAUUAAGUACAUUAUUGGUUUUUGUUUCGUUUGUUUGUUCGUUUGUUGUUCUGUCAUACUGUAAUUAUAUUACGAUUGGCAAGGGCAGGAUGGAUGGGAAGGGUUUCUUUAUUUUGUAAACUUGGAAUAGUGGAACGGGUGGGGGGAGGACGGGGCGGGACGGGACGGGACGGGACGUUGGCAGGGGGAGGUUGCUAUAUCGUGUCUUAUUUAAAAAAAAAAGAAAAAAGAAGAAGACGACGAAGAAGAAGAAAAGCACGGAGAUUUUUGUUCUGUGAAGUAGCUUGCCCUGUUUUUGAGUGUUCGAUUUACCAGCUCAACGAGAUGUUUAACCAGUGGGGUGCACUGACUUUAACUGUAACGCCUUAGAAUGAUCUCUCUCUCUCUGUGUGUGUGUGUGUGUGUGUGUGUGUGUGUGUGUGUGUGGGUGUGUUUGAGCGCUGCCCUGAAUGUAUGUAGCCUGUCAAAAGAAAAUGUCAGAUAACUUUUAGGAAAAAAACAAUUUUUUAAAUUAAAUAAGGGUUUGAUUUGCAAUUGACAAAGUGAGAUGAUUGGGCGGGAGAAAGGGAGGGGCUUUGGAUGUGUUUUUCUUUUUUUUUUUUUUUUUUUUUUUUUUUUUUCGCUUUUCGUUUCUAUUGUGUUUUAAAUUGCAAAAGGACAAUAUUAAUGAUUUUUUUGGCCCCAUCAAACAUUGGUUGUUUUGGAUGAACUGACAGAAACGACAGAAAGAGAAGGGGUGGGGGGAUAACUGACAAGAGAGGAAGAUGUAUAUGAUGUGCCAAGCUAUGUAUAUAUGCAGACAGGAAUAUGUGAGAGAUGUCUCCAAAAAGCAAUAUCUUGAUAAUGGAUUUUUUUUUGUGUAUUGUAUUGUACAGGACUCAACCCUAUAUGUAUUAUUAUUAUUAUUAUUAUUAUUAUUAUUAUUAUUAUUAAUUAUUAAUUAUUAUUAUUAUUAUUACGCCGUUUGUAUUGGCAUCAUUGUUCAUUUAAGCUUGGGGCUUGAGGACGACGUGGCUGAACGUUAAAACCCAAUGACGGAAGAAAGAAACUAAGCAACUUGUCCAAAAUUUUGUUGACAUAGGAGCAAGGUGAAAUGGACUCAGUGACCCCAGACCUGACAACUGUCAUUGUAAUUAUUAAUUUUAAUGCUAUUAUAAUUAUUAUUACUUUUGAAGGGGAGGGAAAAAGUACUCCUCGUUACUUUGCUGCAAAGUGUUGAACACUAAAAAAACAAACCAACAUAAAAAUGUAAAGAUGCUAUUUUGGAAAAUGGCAGAAACAAACUAAACAAGAAAAAAAAAAGAAAUCUAUCAGCUGACUAUCAUGUUCUUAAUCUUUUCUUUUUUCCCAUUCAGAUUUGGGGAAAAAAAAAACAGCUCCUUUUUUCUUUUUGUGAUAACGGUCAUAAUUAUGAUGCUUGUAUUUCUUGUAUUUGUGUGUUUUUGUGUGAUUUGUUUAGUUAUUUUAGACAAUCACAAAAAUAACAUGCAAGCAUUGUAUAUGGACAGACUGACAGACAUUUUGUGUUGUGUACAGUUUGUCGAAACUUUUUCCACUCUGGUUAAAAGUUUGUAAUUAUGAUUCUAAAGUCAUGAAAAUGCUGUUGGUUUUUACUUUUUUUGUUUUAUAUUCUAUUUGUUUUUUUGUUUGUUUGUUUUUUAAUAAAAAGCACUACAUUGUUGUGAAUAUACCUGCCUGUUGCUCUUACAUUUAGCCAAGAAUCAUGUGAUAAUUCUUUACUAGGUCAUAACUAUUGAUACUCAAGGUAUACAGUCAAAGCAUAUUUUAAUUGUAUGGAUAGUCAAUUAAUACAUCUGCCAAUAAAGUGAAUUUUAACUAUUGCAUAGAG